UGUAUGCUUGUGAAAACCAGGUUAUUCUAGGACUGCAGUCUUAGCAUUUAUCUUCAUGUGGUGUUGUACAUUGUAUCUAGAUGUUCCCCAUUAUUGGACAGUAUGGAGAUAUGUUGGUGAGAAACCUGAAGAAGGAAGCAGAGAAAGGCAAGCCCAUCACCUUAAAAGACAUCUUUGGGGCCUAUAGCAUGGAUGUGAUUACCAGCACAUCAUUUGGAGUGAACAUUGAUUCCCUCAACAACCCACAAGAUCCCUUUGUGAAAAAUAUCAAGAAGCUGUUAAAUUUUAAUAUAUUUAAUCCACUCAUUCUCUCAAUAGUACUCUUUCCAUUCCUUAUCCCAGUUUUUGAAGCAUUAAAUAUCUUUGUGUUUCCAAAACCUCUUACUGAUUUUUUCACAAAAUCCAUAAAAAAGAUAAAAGAAAGUCGCCUCAAUGAUAAACGAAAGGUAAAAUCUGGUGGUGGUUACAUGGGUGUGUUCAGUUUUUGAUAAUUUAUUGAGCUGUAUACAUAUAAUUUAUGCACUUAUCUGUUUUCUUAAUGUAGGUAGAGAACUCUAGGGUUUAGAGCAAGAGAGUUAUAAGAUUUUGUAGGGAAUGAAGAAGAUGGAGGUUUGGAAAGAAAAUAAAAAAUGAGUCAGAGAGACAAUGUUUAAAACAAAAUAAUAGGCAAAAUGAUUAUUAUGUCAUUGCAUGAAUAUAGUUGAGAUAAAAUGUGUACCACUUCACUUCAAUAAAUUGUCAAAGUUUAAAAAUUACUGUUUAAAAUUAUUUUCCUUACAUUAUAAUUUGUCCAGAUUACAUUGGCAAAGAUCACUUUAAUUCCAAGACUCCUAUUUUAAAUGUUCUGCAAUGGAAUGUCCUAUGACACACCUGGUGGAGUAUAGUUUAUGUUAAUUUGAAGCCCAGUCAGAGACUGGAGAACACAGGAGUCUUCUCUGGGCAUUGAGGCUGCAAGCUAGCUAAUCCAGAUUUGCCUUCCUGAGGCCUGGAGGCCAGCACAAGAAUGUCUGCAGGUUAGGGGGACAAGGCAGAAUGUCAUUGAAGAUUAUUCAGAGUUCUGGGAGGGUGGGCUCAUGGAAAACCUGCCAAUGAACUCUGCAAAUGUCAGGGGAUUCAGAUGUAUGUCCACUGGCUAAGAAUUAAGGCAUGAAAAUAAAAAGGACUGAAGUCUGGGACUACUUCCUGAGCAAACAGGCAUGAUAAGGGAGGGAGCAGGCAAGUCUUGAGCCAAAAAGCUGUGUUUAAAACCAGAGAAGCUGAAGAUCAUAGACAGGGAAGACCAAAAAGCAGUUGGACAUGAUGGCUGGAUUUCCCUCAGGAAAACAUCCUGCUCUCUAACAUUUGUAAAUGGAUGUUUUCGCUCACUGCUGACUCAAGCAGCACUAGUUAAACUUCUGGACCUAAACAGGCCAUACUCUCAGGGAAGAG